AUGUACGUGCCUCCGCUUUCCUCGCAGCCGCCGCAGGGCCGCACAUUUGGGCUGCGCAUGCAGCUUCCACCCCACCUUCCUCUGCACUACACGCCCUUGAAUCCCGUGCAAUUUUUGCUGCGCGCCGCGCUGAUUCGCCCCGACCACACCGCCGUUGUGCACCCCGAGCAGCACUACUCGUUCACCUACGCGCAGUGGGCCGCACGCGUCCUGAGUCUUGCGUGUGCAUUGCGCAGUGUUCCGGGAUGGCAGGAAGGUGACCGUGUGGCCGUAGUGAGUCCCAACGUGCCGCUGAUUGCCGACGCACACUACGGCGUCCUCGCCGCGGGCGGCAUUGUGACCCCGCUCAACUACCGCAACACCGCGUCGGAGAUCGAGUACAUUUUGGUCCACUGUGGCGCGCGUGUCGUGCUUGUUGACCACACAGUGCAGCACCUCAUUCCCUCUCUCCCGAACCUCUUCGUGGUUUGCUCGCUUGAUUCUGGCGGGCAGGACCGGCAGGAUGCGUACGAAGCGUUUCUCAUGCAAGGCUACCACGCAUGGGCAAAUGCCCCUCCGCGGAAUGGGCUGCGCGACUAUGGGCUGCUGGACGAGAUCGUCGACGAGAAUGCGACCUCGUCGCUGUGCUACACGUCCGGCACCACCGGCAAUCCCAAAGGCGUCGAGACGACCUUUCGUGGGAGCUACCUUGCAGCGCUCUCGAAUGCGCUCCAGUCGCAGCUCAAUGGCGACACGGUCUACCUCUGGGUGCUUCCCAUGUUCCACUGCUGCGGCUGGACAUUUCCCUGGGCCGUCACGGCCGCGCUCGGCACGCACCACAUGCUCCGCAGCGUGCAGUAUCCCGAGAUUUGGCGCGCAUUUUUGCACGGCGGCGUGACGCACUACUGCGGCGCGCCCACCGUGCAGAACGGCAUUGUGCAGGCGAGCGAGGCGCAGCGGCUGGACCGUCCCGUCUAUGUGCUGGUCGCGGCCAGUGCGCCGUCCGCACACCUGCUGGGCAAGAUGGAGUCGCUGCACCUUCUCCCCAUCCACGUCUACGGCCUCACCGAGACGUACGGCCCGAGCAAUGGCCGGUUCCAGGAGCCAGCGUGGUACCGCUUGGACCUCGAGCAGCGCUCGCGCCUGCAGGCCCGCCAGGGCCAUGCGUACGUGUCCGGAGACGAGACGCGCGUCGUAAAACUCGACACCGACGAGCUCGUCGACGUGAAGCAGGACGCCAGCGAGACGGGCGAGAUCGUGAUGCGCGGCAACCUCGUUAUGAAGCGCUACUACAAGAACCCUGAAGCGACCGCCGAAGCGACUCGCGGCAACUGGUUCCACACGGGCGAUCUUGCCGUGCGGCACCCCGGCGGAGAGAUCCAAAUCGUAGACCGGGGCAAGGACAUUAUUAUUUCCGGCGGCGAAAAUAUCUCGUCUGUCAUGGUCGAGCAGGAGCUCGCGUCGCACCCGUGGGUGCGUGAGUCUGCCGUCGUCGCCAAGUCGCACCCCAAAUGGGGCGAAGCGGGCCAUGCGGUGGUUGUCCUGAGCGACGCGGCGAAGCACGCAUUGGCCGCCGCGGACGACGCGAACCAGAUGCUGCACGACACACUCAGCGAUCACUGCCGCAAGUACAUGAGCGGAUUUGCCAUCCCGAAAUGGUUUUCUACGAUCGAUGAGCUGCCCAAGUCGAGCACCGGCAGUACGUACCCCGCACCCUCACGCCAGAAAUUUUGA